AAUAAUAUGAAUGGAAUUACAUACGAGGGUUUUGAGCUAAUAAUAAUUUAAUUGUCCCCAAAAAUACCUACACUAUCGAUUCGUUUCGCCGCGAAUUAAAUACCCAAAAGACUUCAAAACAUAAACUUGAGUAGAGUUGAGAGAGUUGGCAACAGCGGCAGCGGCAGCUUUACAAAUCGAAUUAAUGGGAAAGAAAACGAAGAAAGCGGGUAAAGGAAAGGAGAAAACCGAAAAGAAAACCGCCAAAGCUGAGGAGAAAAGGUCCCGCCGCGACUCCAAGAAACUCUCUCCCGAGGACGAUAUUGAUGCUAUUUUGUUGAAUAUACAAAAAGAGGAAGCAAAAAAGAAGGAGAUACACAUUGAAGAUAAUGUUCCUGCCCCGUCUCCGAGAUCGAAUUGUUCGCUAACCAUCAAUCCGUUGAAAGAGACGGAAUUGAUUCUCUAUGGAGGUGAAUUUUACAAUGGGAACAAGACAUUUGUAUAUGGUGACCUGUACCGGUACGACGUGGAAAAGCAAGAGUGGAAGUUGGUUUCGAGCCCUAAUAGCCCGCCUCCUCGGAGCGCUCAUCAGGCUGUUUCAUGGAAGAAUUAUCUCUAUAUUUAUGGUGGUGAAUUUACAUCUCCGAAUCAAGAGCGAUUUCACCACUACAAGGAUUUCUGGAUGCUGGAUUUGAAAACAAAUCAGUGGGAGCAACUGAAUUAUAAAGGUUGUCCUAGUCCACGUUCGGGUCAUAGGAUGGUUCUAUACAAGCACAAAAUCAUAAUAUUCGGAGGCUUCUACGACACUCUUAGAGAAGUGAGGUAUUUCAAUGAUCUGCAUGUAUUUGACCUGGACCAGUAUAAGUGGCAAGAGAUAAAACCUACUCCUGGAUGCCUGUGGCCGAGUCCUCGAAGCGGUUUCCAAUUUGUCGUUUACCAAGAUACGAUUUAUUUAUAUGGUGGUUAUUCGAAAGAGGUCUCGUCAUCAGAUAAAAAAGUCUCCGAGAAAGGAAUUGUUUAUUCAGACAUGUGGUCCCUCGAUCCCAGAACUUGGGAAUGGAAUAAGGUUAAGAAGAGUGGGAUGCCACCUGGAGGUCGUGCUGGUUUCUCAAUGUGUAUCCAUAAAAAGAGGGCAUUGCUCUUCGGAGGAGUUGUCGAUAUGGAAAUGGAAGGUGACGUAAUGAUGAGCUUGUUCUUGAAUGAAAUUUACGGCUUCCAAUUAGACAAUCAUCGCUGGUAUCCGUUGGAGUUGCGAAAGGAGAAGGCGACAAAAGAUAAGUUAAAGAAGAAUUCCGAUGGGAGGGCCAACGAUAUGGAUAUUGAUAGCAAAAUUAAAGUGUCGGAAAGGGAAAACAUCGUAUCAUCCGAUGAAGAUGAAAAUUCUGAUUCUGAUGAAACUGAAAUGGCCGGCGGCGUGAAAAAUAUAUCCGUUAAUUUGAACAAAAAUGUAAAAAUUACCGACGGAGAACAAGUUUCUAAGCCUACCAAGAAAUUCGCCAUGCAGAAUUCUGUUUUACCGGAGAUUGUGAAACCUUGUGGAAGAAUUAAUUCUUGCAUGGUUGUUGGAAAAGAUACGUUAUAUAUUUAUGGGGGCAUGAUGGAAAUUAAAGAUCGAGAGAUUACACUCGACGAUUUAUAUGCACUUAACCUUAACAAACUCGACGAAUGGAAGUGCAUCAUUGAGGCAACUGAAACGGAAUGGGUUGAAGCAUCAGAUGAAGAAGACGAAGAAGAAGAUGACGAAGAUGAUGAUAGUGAAAAUGAAGACAGUGAAGCUGAAGAUGACAGUGAAGAAUCCGGCGAUGAAGAUUGCAAUAUGGAGGUUUCGAAUGGUGGUGCUAAAUCGGUCGGAAUGGGGGAUGCUGUAGCUAUAAUAAAGGGUGAAGGAAAAACCCUACGAAGGAAGGAGAAACGAGCCAGGAUUGACCAAAUUAGAGCGAGCCUCGGUCUUUCUGAUUCACAGAGAACCCCUACGCCCGGAGAAUCGCUGAAGGACUUCUACAAACGAACUAAUAUGUACUGGCAAAUGGCAGCAUAUGAACAUACAGAACACACUGGAAAGGAACUCCGUAAAGAUGGAUUUGAUCUUGCUAAAUCUAGGUACAAGGAACUCAAGCCGAUACUAGACGAGUUGGCUAUUUUAGAGGCGGAGCAAAAGGCGGAAGAGGCGGAAGCACCGGAAACCAGCACUUCUAGGAAGAAGGGCAACAAAAAGAACAAGCUUUCUGCAGCCAAGUAAUAUUAAUUAUUACCUAGUUGAACCAUUCUAUUGGGACCAACUUUUGUUAUACUUUAUUUUUCGGAUUUUUUUUUUUCCGGGUUUAGUUUUUUAUAUAUGCUUUAGUCAAUGUUUUAUUUACGGUUGUCAAGAAAUAUAGUUGAAAUUUUGAGAAACUUAGCAACAUGGUAAAAUGGUUUUGCAAGAUUGGUUUGGACUUGGUUGUAUGAUUAUGGUAUUGCAUUUGGUGUGAUUUCCCUAA